GUCACAGGUACAGCCACACUGCAGCAUGGCGCUUUUGAAGUUGUUACGCGGAGCUUGUAUUUAUAUUUAUGUUGACAUACCUUGUAAAUACAAAAGUACUCUUGCCUUGGUGGGUGCAGCAUACGUAAGCUAUAUGGUGCUCAAAGUUUCCUAUUACAGCAUUAACUUUGUCAGAACGCAUUUGCUGUACAGAAUACGACCAAAUAACCUGCGACGAUUCGGCGACUGGGCGGCGGUGACGGGAUGCACAUCCGGCAUCGGAAGGGAGUACGCCACAGAGUUGGCCCGGCAGGGAUUUAACCUGGUGCUGCUCAAUCGGCCGGGCCGCCUCGACAGGGUUGCGCAGUCGAUCGAAGAGACCUACGACGUGCGUGUCAUCGUGAUCAAGGCCGACUUCAGCCGCGGCCCAGGCGUCUACGAGGAAAUCGCUGCACAGCUGCGCCACCUGGAGGUGGACGUGCUCGUGAAUAAUGUUGGCGUGAUGUACGACUACCCGAUGCCGUUCGCCGACGUCCCCGCGAACAAGCUGUGGGAGCUCGUGAACGUGAACGUCGCCGCGGCGACGAUGAUGACGCACCUGCUGCUGCCGGGGAUGCUCGCGCGGCGGCGCGGCGCCGUCGUCAACGUCGCGUCGGCGUCGGCGUACAUGCCGACGCCGCACGUCGCCGUCUACUCGGCGACCAAGUCCUACGUCGACUUCCUGUCGCGCGCGCUGCGCCACGAGUGCCGCGGUAGCGGCGUCGUCGUGCAGACGCUGGUGCCGUUCUACGUCGCGACGCGCAUGACGCGCUACGCGGAGAGCAUCGCGCGGCCGUGCCUGACGAUCCCGAGCGCGUGCGACUUUGCGGUCGGCGCGGCGCGCACGCUCGGCGUCGCCGCGCACACGACGGGCUACUGGUGCCACUCGCUGCAGCUGAUGAUCUGCUGGCUCGUCCCCGAGUGGCUGUGGAUGUGGGGCGCGACGAUGCUGAACCUGGGGCUGCGCCGGCAGGCACACCGACGCAUGAUGAGCAAGCAGCAUAGCAGCGGCGGGUCCGUCGACGGCCCGUGGGCUAGCCCCACGCACAAGCCCGGAAAGCUGGCGAAGAGCAUUGUUAGUCAUAGUGAGCCGUCCACGCACAGCGGUCAACACGAUAGAGCUGAUCCGAUCCGCGCAGCUAGUGAGAAUGACAGCGUAUUUCUCGAGUCGUCUCAGUACUAGUCUGCCCUCAUCCUUACAUCGAGCGUCGUCAAAAUUGAACGUUUAUAAUUGGAAGAAAAAUCGAUGUAGUGUAGAAUAUAUUUAUAUUAUGAGGUAGAAAAACAUGGUAGUAGUGAAGAAAUUUUUUCUACUAGUAUGGAAUGAGUUUAUUUAUACAAACACUGUGCCAUUUUGUUGCCAAUGUUAAUGUGAGCUCAAGAUAUUUUUGUGCAAUGUACAGUGGGCUUUCGUGCUAAGGAAAUGCACUGCCAGAUAUUGCUCGCUAUGUUAUAGUGUCCGAGAUUUCACACGAGAGCUACAUUGCACUUUUUAAUGAAUACUAUUUGCUCCGAUGCUACGAUACGAUUGCUACGAUGGAGUCUAUAAUCAUUAGAAUAUUAUUUUAAAUCACUAUAUUUUGUGGAGCAUAGCUUAUGUGUAAAUCAAACAGGUUGCAGGUUUCCAGUUAUUAUACACAGGGUAUGUGAGUUCCUACAUUUGGGUGCUGCCAGCUAUUACGUCUAAACUUAAAGUUUAUGCAUGUUGAUAGCAGUGAGUAUUUGAGGUAUGAUAGCAAUCUGGCAUUGCAGUGAUUUUAUGUAAAAUAUCUUAUUAGAAGUGUUUAUAUUAGGUGGCUAAUAUCAUGUCUUUUUUGUACACGCAUAGCUGCAAUUUUCAUUCCCAUAAUUCCCCCCCCAGUAUCUUAGGUGAUAAGAGUAUUUUAUCUUUAUUGCUCAGACAUUAUCGUUAAGUAAUAUAUGAAAGGACUAAUGUUGUUUAGAAUAAAUUGUUAGACAUAAUAUUAAUAAUAAAUACAUAGCAAGCCUUUUAAUUUUUCAACAAA